UUUGAACGGAGGACCGCGGCAGCCGUGAACACAACAGUACUAAACUAGGCGCUCGGUACAUAUUAUGAACAGGGUUAGAUUUAAACCGGUUUAAAACUAGCUAAAUAGUCUUGCUAGGGAUAGUUGCGUGUUAGUUUAUCUGUAGUUACACAGCCAAUAUGCGUUUUAGUUCGUUUUAGCUUAUUUGAGCUGCUUUUGAAGCGUGUAGGAUAGACGCAGGUUAACGUUAGCUAGGCUGGCUACGCUAGGUUACGUCCUUUCAACUGUGUUUUAAGCUAGCUUGGUUUGCUAGUUAAAUAAUAAGAUGAAUAACUAAUUUAUCAUCACACUCCGCUUCUUUUACUAUGGAUACAGUCUAUCAGCGGUAGCAACGAUUAAUCAGGGAAGUCUUAGCGUUAUUUAAGAGUCAUGGAGUCCAGCUUGAAUUAUAAACCGGAGAGAGUGGGAGCUGUCACUGUGGAAGAUCUGAGAAAAGAUCUGUUUGUCGAAUUCUCCAAAAUACCCACAACCCAGGACUCUGUGUUAUUGGAGAGGGAGCAUUUGCAGGUCUACCUCAGGAUACGCCCUUUUACCUCCACAGAGAGUGAUUUCGGUGAAUCACAGGACUGCAUUUCAAUCGAGUCUCCAGACACUGUGGUUUUAAAGGCUCCAAGAUCAUCUCUAACAGCCAGGCAAAGUGAGAAACUAGGACCUCAAAUUGCACAGAGAUUUCAGUUCUCAAAGGUGUAUAGUCCAGAAACUACACAAAGGCAGAUAUUUGAUGGAACAACAAAAGCUCUUGUGAAAGAUGUUCUGGCAGGACAAAAUUCCCUGAUUUUCACCUAUGGGGUUACUAAUGCAGGGAAAACUUUCACAUUUUUAGGACCUGAAACCGAUGUGGGAAUUCUGCCAAGGUCACUGAAAGUGAUCUUUAAUAGUAUUGAGGGAAGAAUCUACACUCAGAAUAACAUCAAGCCCCACCGCUGCAUAGACUUCACUCGACUGACUAAGGAUCAGCAGGAUGCAGAGGCUACAAUUAAGAAAAACCUUCUGAGAAGAUAUAAAGAGAAUGAUCUGCAGAAAAGCAGCUCUAGUAUGUCAAAUUCUGCUUGUAGCACACUGCUUGAGGGUUCCAGCUGCAGUGAUCUAAAUGAAGACAGUCUUUGUUUGGAGGAAGACUCUCAUGUGAAGUUCUCAGUUUGGGUCUCCUUCUGUGAGAUUUACAAUGAAAACAUACAUGAUCUGCUUGACUUUGCCUCGAGUAGUUCUCAGAGAAGGAGCGUACUUCGGCUUUGCCAAGAUGUCAAAGGCAACACGUUUGUCAAAGAUCUGACAUGGAUUCAGGUUAACAGUGCAGAUGAAGCCUACAGAGUUUUGAAGAUUGGGAGGAAAAAUCAGAGCUUUUCUUCUACAAAGCUCAACAGUGUUUCCAGCAGAAGUCAUAGUAUUUUCUCCAUCCGAAUUCUGCGAAUCGAAGAUAUGUGCGUUCCUCGAGUCCAAACAAUAAGCGAGUUGUCUUUGUGUGAUCUGGCGGGAUCAGAGCGCUGCGCCAAGACCCAGAACCGAGGAGAGCGCUUAAAAGAAGCCGGAAAUAUCAACACAUCGCUUUUAACUCUGGGAAAAUGCAUAAAUGCAUUGAGACUGAAUCAAACACAGUCCAAGUUCCAACAGCAUAUUCCAUUUAGAGAGAGCAAGCUGACUCAUUAUUUGCAAGGCUUUUUCAGUGGCCGUGGGAAAGCGUGCAUGAUUGUCAACAUUAACCAGUGUGCUUCAAUGUUCGAUGAAACUCUGAAUGUCCUCAAAUUCUCAGCAGUGGCUCAGAAGGUUGUAGUCGUGAACCCAAAACCCGUCUUUAGUGCUGUGCCCAGAAAAUCCGCCAGAGACGUCUCAAUAAUGAUCAACAAUGUGGACAAGAAAGAGUGGACCAGGAGAAGCACUCUGAUUGGGUGGGAGUCCAGUUUGGAGGAUGUGCAGGAAGAUGAGGAUGAUGAAGACAUGGAAGAGGGUGAGGAGGACGAAGAGGAAGAGGAACAAGAAGCAAGUGAUGAUGAGAGUGUCAUGGAGAACACUGUUUUAGAAGCUGAAGAUGAUCAAGAGUUAAAUGAGCUUCAGCAGAAGAUUUGUGAGCUUAAAGAAAAGCUCUCAAAGGUGGAUUCUGAAAAACUGGUCAUGGAAUCUCGUAUCAGGGAAGAGGUUACUGCUGAGUUCAUGGAGCUGUUUUCCAACAUGGAAAAGGACUACAAUGAACGUCUUCAGAGAGAGAAGGAAAUUGCUGAAGAAAGAGCAGAGAGGAGGCUGGAGAUACUGAAGAAUCUAGUCAACAAAAAUGCCAGCGAGUUGGCAGACACAAGCAUGGCUGGAGACGCAACAGAGGAGACUAAGAAUGAGGGUUUGGAUGGGAUGAUUGAAUCUAUGCAGAGUGACCUGGCUAAGAUCAGGAAAGAUGCGGUAGCUGCACAGACGUGUCUGGAGAAGGGGGCUCACUCCCCUGGAGCAGUCAGCAAGCUGAGGGCGCAGCUGGACCAAAUGGCAGAAGAGCUUCUCAAAAGCAAGCAGCUCCUCGAAGUGAAAACCAUGGAAAUUGAAGCGGUGCGUGUGCAGUUCCGAAAUUCCAGCGACCAGCUACUGGAGGCUAACAAGAAUUACGAAAGUCAGAAAACAAGGUGUGCAGAGCUCUUAACGAUCUGCCAAGAGAAGGAUGAUGAUAUCUCCAAGCUGCAGACCACUUUGGAUCAAAAUAUUGAAACAGCUAAUGAAGAUAGGGCGUUCAUUGAGACCAUUAAAGAGGAAAUAUUACACUAUAGAAACAACUGCAAGUGUAUACUCAGCAGUGGCAAUCAGGACGUGAAAGACCAAGAAAUUCAGCAGCUUGAGAAAGCCUUACAAGAAAAGGACCUCUGCUUGGAUGAGCUUAAACAGAAACAGCAUUCACUCGAGCAGAAUUUGAAGGAUCUCACUGAUGAUCUGGCAAAGCAGACCUGUGCCCAUGAAGCUGCCGUCUCGUUGCUCGAGGCUGAGAAAGCAGCAGCAGUGAAACUCGCAAAUGAGAACCGAGAUCUCGCCAGCAAACUCUGUGUGCUCCAGCAGGCGGCCAGCGACCUGAGCUCCGAGCUCAGAGCCAAAGAAGCAGAGUUAAGCAGUCAAGCCAGUGUAGCAGCCAAGCUUUCUGAGGAGCUGCAAACAGCCAGAGCUCUUAUCAGAGAACGUGAAGAAGAGUGCAGCAAUCUGUUCGAUACAGUCGAAUCCUUGAAGUUGGAGGCCGAGAACUUGCGCCAGGAACUUAGCGACCAGGGACGCAAGAGCGGCUGCGAGUUCCAGGAAACUAUCGAGGCUCUCCGCAAAGAGUGUGAGCUGGUGAUGUCCAACACUCAGGAGAAGAGCAAGAGGAUCAAGACACUGGAGCAAGAGCUCACACAGACCAAAGAGGAAAUGUGUCACAUGCAGAACCAGUGCACUCAGCUUAAACAAGAGCAAGACGCCCAAAAAGAGGAGAACCAGAACAUUCUGGGCCACUACGAAGCUGAGAAGCUGGCAGUGGAGCAAAUGAAGAUAAGGCAGUCUGAGCUCCAGGCAGAGCUCGAUGAUGUAAAGCAACAGUUGGUGCAGCAGGAACAGCAUGAGCAGGCCUACGCACGCAGCUCUUUGAGAGUCAUGGAGCUGGAGACGGAGCUUUCUGAGAGAGAGGGCCACUGUGCCGCUCUGCAGGAGAGGCUGCUGCACACACAAGAUGAGUUGGGCAAAGCAAAGAAUGUUCUGAAGAAAGAGCGCAGCAGAUCCUCCUCAGAAGAACAAGAGAAAACUAAUGCAGAAAGCUCUAAAGCAAGGGAUGAGGCAGAGAGGAGAAGAAGAGAGAUGGAGGAGCAGCUUGUGCAUAAGGAUGCGGAAUUGGAGGCCAAAACCCAGGAGCUUUUAAAGUCUAAAGAACAGGUGAAUGAUGGACUAGAUCAGAUUAAGAGCUUAACUCUUGACCUGCAGCACAAGGAGAAGCAUAUCUCUGAUCUGCAUAUCCAGCUUUCUGAGGGUGGAGCAGAAGCUGAACGUCUGCGGAACGAGAUUACAUCCCUCACUGAAGAGAUCAGAAAGUUGCAGCAACAGCUGGGUGAUUUAACGGAGGAGAGGGAUCAAGCUUUGAGAAAUCUGGCCAAUAAGAAGCAAGAUAUUGAGGAGCUUAAGACUGAGCAAGCCAUCACUGCCAGCACCCAGGAAAAUCUCCAGCAGUACCAGGAGACCUGUCAAGCACUUCUGGCCAAGGAGAAGCUGAUUGCAGAAAUGCGCCUCACGUUAUCUGACAAAGAGCGAAUGCAAACGGAGCAGGAGCAAGUUCUGGAGGCAAGACUGAACGAGAUUGAAUCCCUAAGUGAAGAACUCAUGAUGCUUAAGGAGAAGUGCCAGAAGGGGGGAGAAACUGACUCUACCUCUGGAAAUCAACGCCAGGAGGAACAGAAAGGAGAAGGAACUGCAAGACGUCUGACAACAGAUGAAGAGGAGUUGGAGAGGGGCUUAGGUGGAGAGCUUAAGCCAAACGAUGCCCCCCAAAGGCCAGAAGAAAAAGCGAACCAUGUUAUGGACCAAUCCCAGGAUAAGAUUACCUGCAAAGGGCAACUUGAAGAGACAGCAGCGCAGGACUCCUCAGUGCUCUCCACUGAUAGUGAGAGAGAGGACAAACGCUUCCCCAAACCACAGCUGGAGAUCAGCUUCACCCCGCUCAAGCCUGACCGCGUCAACGUCCGCAGGCCAGGAGCCGAGGAGUCGGUCACGGUCAAAAUCAGACGCACUGCUAGGAAGAGGAAGAGUGCUGAGAUGGAGAAAUCUGUGGAUUCUGAGAACAGGAAGAACCUGCGGCUAAGAGGAAACUCCAGGGUCAAUAUUCAGUCUGUGGAGUCUCCCACAGUGUUCAGUAAAAAGGCCAAUCGAUUAAAGCAACAGGAUUCUCCUGCUAGCCUGAAAGGAAGAAAGGAUGGAACUUUGCAGAAGAUCGGUGACUUCAUCCAGAGCUCACCAACCCUGCUUGGCAGCAAAGCCAAGAAAAUCAUGGCAAUGGUUGCUGUGAAAUCCCCAGAGUCACAGAUUGCAGAAACCAACAACAAGCCCAAAAGAUCCAAACGGAAGCUCUUCAAGACCCAGAUUUCCUCUCCUUUUGACAUACCUUCUCAUCCGAUCAUUGGAAUUGAUCAAGAAGACAAAGAAAGUGAUCAUCUCAUCAUCAAGAGAAAACUGAGAACAAGAACAGCAAAGAAAUGAUGCCCAUGAGGACAUUUCCACUUGGAUUUAAUUCUCAUUUACAUUCCAGAACCUUCUGUAUCUGAGCUGUGUGCACUGGAAUCUGUUGUCUGUUGAGUGAUGUAAAUAUUUGCUUUAUAGCUGGUAGAAUUUAUAUACUGCACUUGUACAUACAGCUGUUUUCUUUUAUUGACUUGCUCUGCAUGUUUUCCUUUUUAGUAAGAAAAAAUAUGAUGGGAAAAAUAUGGAGAGAUGAAUAAACCUCCCAAAGAGAA